UCAACCCUUUCCCGUCGCGAACAAGUUCAGCUAGCUAAGUUUAGCUAGCAUCGGAAAAACCAAAGGAACAUGGACGACGAAGUGCUGACAGCUCUUAAGAUAUUGAUAAUCGGAGAAAGUGGUGUCGGAAAGUCCAGUCUUUUAUUGAGGUUCACAGAUGAUACAUUUGAUCCAGAACUUGCAGCAACAAUUGGUGUUGACUUUAAAGUAAAAACUAUUGCAGUGGAUGGAAACAGGGCAAAGCUUGCAAUAUGGGACACUGCAGGCCAAGAGCGGUUCCGAACUCUGACUCCCAGCUACUACCGUGGUGCUCAGGGAGUGAUCCUGGUGUAUGAUGUUACAAAACGUGACUCUUUCACCAAGCUUGGUAAUUGGCUAAAUGAGCUGGAGACAUACUGUACAAGGAAUGACCUUGUGAAAAUGUUGGUUGGCAACAAAAUUGAUAAGGACAAUCGAGAAGUAGACAGAAGCGAAGGUCUGAAGUUUGCAAGGAAACAUUCCAUGCUUUUUAUAGAGGCCAGCGCGAAAACCCGGGACGGAGUGCAGUGUGCCUUCGAGGAGCUGGUGGAGAAGAUCAUCCAGACCCCGGGGCUUUGGGAGAGUGAGGCACAGACCCAGGGGGUGCGGCUGUCCGACCAGGAUCAGCGGGCAGGGGGCGCCUGUGGGGGAUACUGCUCCUUAAUUUAACACUACAGAAAAAAAAAAUCCGAAACGCGUCAAACGACAGGUUAAAAAAACAAACUGUAUGAGCAGCCGCUGAAGAGUGCGUUCUGCACGGUCAGUGGCUGCUGUCAAAGGGACUUUGCUGUUUGCACACUGCCUACAACAAGGCAGCAGUCUUAGAAUGUUGAAUUCAUCCACCCCCCCCCAAGUGAAUGGACUUUGGUUCAGCCCACUGGCCCCGCCCUUCGGGCACCACUGCCCUCACCAUGGCGACCUCUGGCCAGCUGAUGCUGACGAAGGGUUCUAAUGUCAUUUAAAUACAUGGCAGAGACGAAUAUUCGUCCUUGCUGCCUUUUUACAAUAAUGUAUUUUUAUCUUGUGUACUUGUUCUCGGUUUCUGUCAGUAAGUACACACGCUUGAUUUGAUUGUGCAGACUUGCAGUGUAUCACACUAUGUUAUUGUACAGUAAAGCAUGAAUUUAUUCAGAAAAAGAUUUUUUUUUCCUCUCUCUAAAAUGUUCCUGCUUCUGCUUGGCAUAGUCUUGCCUUUGUUUUUAGAUUUGCAUUAGGAAGGUAUAAUUUCACCAUUUUAUAUACAGACCGAAGCUGUGCUGUGGUAUAUCUAUAUAAAACAUGUUAGUACUGUUUAGUACCACUGGUAACUGUCCAUUGCUUGGAAUUAUGGUUAUAAACAUUCUGAAGUAUGGAUCAGCCACUUUUAUGUCCAUUUCAGUGUUCAGAUCUUUCAGAGUGUUCAUCAAUUAAACCAAUUUGCACAGGCGUUCUUUGGCGUUCUACAGAAACAAAACAAUGCAUGUUUUUGGUAUUUAGUUCCUGUGUUCACCUGCCCAUUACCUUCACAUGUCCAAAGUCUGCCUCAGAGGAAGAUGCUGGCCGUCAGAGAUUUAUUUUACCAUAUUCAGCAUUUAAAUCCACUCUGCGGUUUCACAGGAAAUGACCGCAAUUGAUUUGUUAGUUCCUUCCUGUCGUACCCUUGUUUGUGCCAUCUCAUGGCAGCUUUCACUGUGAACCUUUCCCCUGCCUGCAGCUGAAUUCCAGUAUAGGCCGGUAACACGCCCAGCAUCACACCUGGCUGCGUAAUCAUAGGAGAGUGGGGCGUCAUGACGCCCAUAGUGGGCAAGGCUGCCAUGUGCUGUGAGGGGGGUCCUGAUUAAAACCAAUCCCAUGUCGUCUUUUAGUUUGCUCGCAGUGUCAAUGAUUGGCAGCAUGCCGUGACGCCAACCAUUACAGGGAGUCACAGUACCUCACUCUCCACUCUCCACUCUCACUUCUCAACGUUAAGGACAGAAUGUUCUGUGUUAGGGUGGAUUCAGGUCCUUUAUCGCCUAAAGAGAUGAUUAUGUCAAAACAUAGUGUGGUUUGGCUGAAGCUUUAAAAGCAGGUUUAAAGCAUUGCUACUUUUGAUUGCAACUUGAGUGCUUUAUUGUCUUCCAUCUCCACUACCAGGAGAGGCUGGUUACACAGUGGGCCUGUUUUUCUGUCUGUCUGUUUGAAUAGGAUAACUGAAAAAUGGGUUGACUACCUGUGGAAAAAGGAGAAAAUGUAUUACAUUUUAGUGCUGUUAUGACAAUGUUGAUUUUGGUGGAGGUAGACACUCUCAUUCUGCCCAGGGCCACUCUAGUGUCAGACAGAAAUAAUAGUGAUUAAUGAAAAAAGUAACAAUAUGCUUUAUUUGUGUUGAAAGUUUCUUCAAACCACUGUAAUUAGAUCGCCUGCUUUGAGUGGAAAGCAGAAGGGGGUGAGAUGUAUGCCUUUGUGUCUUUGUUGAAACCAUAUUGUCUUUUCGGCUGCAUAAAAGCACCGUCAAACCCUUUAUUUCAGCUCAAAUGUACAUCAUAUUCAAAUUUCUGUUCAAUAGUAGGAGGCGUGUACACACUGUGGCCAUGUUUUUCUUCCAAAGUGUGACUCACUCCCUCAUUGUAAAGGUUAUGAUCAUUACUGCGGUGAUUAUUAUGAUGAUUUUCAGGACAGUGCUCGGGGAAUAUG